GGCCUCAGAGUAUCUGUGCAGUGUCAGUGGACUGACUGGAUUCAUGCUGCCGAGUGUCUCCUCUCUGUUGGACUUGCAAAACAUUUAAUGCGGCCGGAGCAGAGCGCAUGAAGGAGGAGAAAAUGAAUGUGGAGGCUCUGAGCCGAGCAGAGCUGCUGACCUUCCUCAGUAUUUUGGAGGGAGAGCUGGAGGCCCAGGAUGAGGUCAUACACACCCUCAGGGCUCAACACAGAGAUGCUUUCAUCCAAGAGCGCUACGGCCAGUAUGACCUUAGCGAUCCAUUCCUGGCGCUGCAGCGGGACAACGAGUCGGCGGAGCGUCAGAGCCCACUCACCGAGCAUCAAACACACCUGCAGGGUCGGGCGGUGGGCCCGAACCCUCUGGCUGUCCUUAAACUCGUCAUGGCUCACUGCAAGAGGAUGCAGGACAGGAUGAUGGGACAACUGGCUGCUGCUGAGACCAGUCACAGGAGGAUGAUAGCUGAUCUGGAGGAGGAGAAACGCCGGCACGCCCAGGACUCUGCUCAUAGUGAGGAUUUAACCGUCAUGCUGCAGACGGAGAGAGACCAACUGCUGCAACAGUUGGAAGGGGAGCGUGACAGUGUGCGGAGGUUGGAGAAGGAACAGGCACAGCUGGUGAACAAGGUGGAGGAGUCACUGUCCCAGCAGCAGCAGCUCUCCUCCAAUCUGACCUUGGAGCUCCAGAAAGCCAGCAGCCAGGCUCAGGAGGAGGCUCAGAAGGUCUCCCAACUUCAAACCUUGCUCCAAGAUGAGACCAGUGCUCUAGAGAAGAUCCAGGGGAUCCUCGAAGGUGAGAGGAGCAGGGCGGCCCAGCUAGAGGCCAGAUCUGAGGGGCAGCAGGCUGAGUUUGACUCCGAACUAGAGCGGAUGAAAGCCAGGGUCAGCAAAGAGGAGGAGAGGAGUAGGGAGUUGGAGAGACAGGUGGAGGAGCUGAGGAAGAGGUUGGCUGAGCCUGAAGAAGGUAAAGAGGGAGUGCAGGAGGAUGUGACAGAGGUGAAAGAGACGCUAUCCAAGGCGAUGGUCGUGUCCGCCUCUGCUGAGACUGUACCGGAAGGAAAGGUAACUGUCACUCCUAAAUCCACCUCAAUGUCAAAGGUCAACGGCCAUCACAAUCAUAAAGAGACUGAACCAACUCAAGAGGGGAGGGGAGCAGACAGUGGAGGGGUGAUAGAGAAUGGAGGAGCCGCACCUUUGCAUUUCCCUCUUCACCCCCACCCUCACUCUCCCUCCAGCACAGCCUCCUCCUCUCUCUCCUGCUCCCCCAUUUCCUCCCCCAUCCUUGCCAAGCGCCUGGGCAGCCCAGGCCUGCAUCAGUCCUCCUACCAGGCCGGAGUCAACCAGCGAUUCCAGGCGGCCAGGCACAAGUUCCAGAGCCAAGCUGAGCUGGAGCAGCAGCAGGGUGGCCCGCUUUCCCCCAGGGACCUCUCCCCCACCACCUCCUCCAUUCCUCCCCCACCAGAGCACAGCACAGCUAAGCAGCUGGCCCGCAACACUGUCACUCAGGUGCUGUCACGCUUCACCAGCCAGCAAGCAGGAGUCAAGCUGGCCCCUCUCAGCAGCUCUCCGUUCGGUACAGACUACCGAAACCUAUCAGCGACCCCUCCUGGUGGGAGGUCACCUUCUGCAGGGCCCUUAUCUCCAGGCAUCCGCUCCCCCCUCACUCCUCGCUCAGAGAGGACCCAUCCUCCUCCGCUCCCUCCCAAGAAGCCAGGCAUGAGUCCAACUCCAGGCUCCCCAAGUCACUCUGCUCGGACCAGCCUCUUCCCCGAGCUGACCGGCACCUGUGGGCAUAGCAACAAUGGCAAGGAGGGAGCCACGGAAUCAGACCUUUUAUUUUCUAGCAGCUAACGGCCGGUUCACAUAAACUCACUUCUAAACGAGUCAGACCUUAAUCAACGUUUACUGUAAUUUUCAGCUUCACUGGCGCUCAAGCCCACCUCAUAGCACUCCCCCGCAGAUGGACUGGUUCAAACCACAGACUGUAUACAAAUCCGCCUAUCAUAUUAUUAGGAAGCUAAAAUAUUCCUAAGAUGGUGCCACCAUCUUGCACUUUUGAGGUCAUUUGGAGCCAGUAGAGAUUGUGGGGCGGAGCCACAGUAUCGAGGUCCUGCUUGUAUAUGCGCUUCACCAACCGCGAAUCAGUCUCAGCUGUCAAUCACAAUGUUUCUUCCCAUUUUUAGAACAUAACAAAACAAAAACUACACGGAGGGUAAAAAUGAAAACUUGAACAUACAUCAGUGUGAUAAGAACUAUCAAAAACUGUAACCAUCUCGUACUUUGAACGUGUACUGGUUUGGUCCAUGUCCCAUCCACUAACAUGGGGGAGGUGGGAUUUAUCACCUAUAAUCAUGUUGUCCAUCUUUAUUUACAGUCUAUGCAUCCCCCCCACCCCCCUAAGUCUUUUAUGGAUGCUUUCAUUGGAUAUUUCUUACAUUCCUGUCUUUGGUUCUUUAUGUAGAAUAUUUGAGUUUAAAAUUUUAGAGUAAAAAAUAUUUGUUAUUUUUCACUUAAACCCUACAUUAGGGGUGUUGAUAAACCAUAUAUAAAAAAAACUGUUGACUUUAAAAAAAAAAAUGUCAAUGGGAUCUUAAAGCACAGCCCUUCUUUUCUUAACCCUUUAAUGCUUCCAACUGCCUGUUAGAAUAAAAUAAGAGUUUAGUCAGAUACAGCACUGUUUAGCUAGUGGAGGGGCCAAAAUAUAGAUGUAGAGCAUAGUGAACGUGUAGCUGUCACCAUGUCACAAUAAAAUAGUUACUUUGAAAUAUUUUGCCAACUUAUUCUUACGCAGCUGUUGUGGAGAUUGGCCAUGGAAAUAUUAUACUGUAAAUAAUUUAAAUGAAAAAUAUCACUUGCAUGUGCUGUUUUUUAGUUUUUUUCUACUAGUCACAGAUACACUGAAUCUUGUCUUGAAAAGGGAGAGCACACUUUGCACUACAUUUCUCUAGGACACUGUAUGUCUACAAUUUCAGAUGUUUUAUUCAGGGAAAGAUGCAUUUCCGUCUCACUAGAACCGAGAAGGACUGAGUCCUCGGCCGAGAACCAUUUGGUGUAAAGGGUUGAAUCUUGCUACUGUAACGAUUGUCUCUAUAGCACAUAUCAAAUAAUUUACGUAUUAUUGUGUUGUUCUAAUGAUGCAACAUGUUUUAUUUGAUUUUACAUUUACUGUGUUUUAUGUUUUGUUUUCUAGCUUUAAAAAAGAAAUCAUUGAAAGAAAUUAUUUUAGCCUUUUAAAUGUCAAUUUAUAUACACACUGCUUAUCUGUGAGGGCCAACGUCCCUCAGCUUUCUCUAGAAAAUAUGCAUAUGUUGAACACCUGCAACACCUAGUGGUAUUUUAAAUAAAUUACCCAUGCCUUAAA